AUCACUUUGCUUUCAAGUCUCAACAACAACAACAUCAACAUCAAUCAUCUUUCUUCCUUCGAUCUCUUUAUCAAGUAUUCAUUGCAGUUCUUCUGACUCCCACCCUGAGAAAUGGCAUCUCCAAAGGUUUUGAUUUUGGUUGCACUUUGUGUCCUACCUGCUCUACUUGUUGAAGCAAGUCGUACCGUUCUCAAAUAUCCUUUCCACGCCAAAGGUCGUGUAUACUGUGAUACAUGUCAGCUUGGUUGCGAACACGACCUUGUCACUUACAUCAAAGGUGCUGUGGUGGAGGUCGUAUGCAGAGAUAGAGGAAACUAUGAAACGAGAUACACCAAACAAGCAGUUACAGGUGAAGGUGGAUAUUAUCGUGUUGAAGUACUAACCGACCACCAUGAUGAGAUCUGUACUAUUGCUCUCGUCAGUAGUCCUGACUCUGGAUGUAACAAAAUCGUCAAAGGAAUUCACGAAAUGACCGUUGUUCUUACCAACGACAACGGUUUACCAUCACAUGAACGUAGCGUCAACAGCUUGGGGUUCGAGAAGAAAACUAAAAUCGCUGGCUGCGACGCUCUUCAGAAGCACUACUUGUCUGAUGUCUAGAGAUGGAAUCACAUCUUACCAGUGCAUGUUAUUAGUAUUGUUUUCUUUUGUCAGUUUUAAUUCUCCAUUAAGGAUUUCGGUUGGGUAUUUUAAAUAAUAUCCACAAAAUCCGAACGAAGAAAUUCUUGGGGAUGAACUUCCUCGAAUGAAUUUUGCUUUGUAGUGAGUAGUAGUAUGUGUAGCAAAUGCUGCUGGUGCUGGUUCUGUUGCAGUCAUGUUGUUGUUGUUCGUCGUCUAUGUUCAUUAGGUUAUUCAGUGGGAAUAAAAAGAUCAAUAGGUUCACAUUAUACAUGUGAGACCAAUUAAUCCAGUCAUCAUAUGUUUUGGAUUCUUGAAGAUCUUUUACUUCUCAUUUUUUACAGUAGAAAAAAAGUCACCUGUUGUGACUCAUUCAGUAUGUACUUGUUAAAGUUUUUACAGAUUAAGAAGAUAAGUGAAAAACAACGAUUUUCAUA